AUGAACAGCAUCCUUGUGAUCGCCGAGUCAGACCAUGACAUCCGCAUCGCAUCCGCCAUAGCAUUCGGCAUUCUCUACUUUGACUACACCCUGACAUAUUCUGCCGAAGUAGAAAGGUUCUGGAAGGGUCGCUUUUCCUUUGCCUCUUUCAUUUUCUAUUUCAACCGCUAUUUGGCGCUAUUUGGCCACAUCCCUGUCUUAUACGAAUUUUAUGGUACUCAUAACCAAGAAUGGGCGGUAUCGCAGGCUUGGCACCAGCCUUCUGGUGACAAGACCAUGGCAGGCAUACCGGGGGUCGGUUGCGACCUUACAAUGACUGAGGCUCAAGGCAAAUACCUGUCGUUUGUCUGGGCGAGCGUGCUAGCUUGGGAUACAACCGUAUUCGCACUGACGGUGUAUCGAGUACUCGGAAGCGGAUCGCGGUGGCGAGGGAGCUUGAUGGGCGUGUUGCUCCGCGAUGGGGCAUUUUACUUUGCGGUGCUACUCGUGUGCCAUAUGUGCAAUAUCUUGACAUGUCUUCUCGCCCAAGCUGUGACUCGUGGCAUCAGCGUAACGAUCACGAACGUCAUAGCAAGCUCCCUCAUCACGCGCCUCAUGCUCAAUCUUCGCGACCCUCGGCUGCUACGAAACCAGAGCAGCGGCGCCACGGAGCUCAGUGACUUGCCCUGGCGCGCAAACACUGGCCCGCAUGGAUCUUCCGCCAAGUCAACAGGUGUUUCAUCGUACGGGACGUCGUCUGAGGGAGGUUCGUCGGGGCCGUAG